GCUCAUAGCUCAUUGGCUGUCACUCGGCUGCUGUGAGAUUGCAUAGGCUAAUGUGCAGGCUAUCGCUGACUGCAGGUUUCUAAGGCAUGCGCGACUGCAGCCUAUUAUCUCAAGUUCUGAAGCAGUCUUCAAGUGAGGAGUAGCCUAGUGUUUUUACGUCAAGAUGAUAACUCUGGUGUUUACCAGCCUUUUAGCAGGAUUUCUGGCUCUUUUUCUCUACCAGAGAAUGACUUAUCCCUUCUUCUGGGUGGAUUUGAUUUAUUACUUAAAACUCCGGAGGUACGGGAAGACGUUGCGGGCUCGUAUGCAGCAAGGAAUCAUCACAUACCUCGACUGCUUUCUCCAGCAAGCGAAGAAGAACCCGAACAAACCCUUCAUUAUCUUCGAAAACCAGAGCCUGACAUACCAGGAUGUGGACAGGAGAAGUAACCAGUUUGCGAACGCGUUCAGGACGGAGGGCUCUUUGAAACAAGGAGACAUUGUUGCUGUGUUGAUGUGCAACGAACCGGACUUUAUCUGUGUGUGGUUGGGACUGUGUAAACUUGGCUGUGAAGUCGCGUUUCUCAACGUCAACAUUAAAGCCAAAUCUCUGCUUCACUGCUUUCACAGUUGUGGAGCCAAGACGCUGGUUGUUGGCGCAGAUUUGGUGCGUUUGGUGGAGGAGGUGCUGCCUGACCUGAAGAAUGACAACAUGGCUGUGUGGGUGGUGGAUCACUCAUCAUCCUCUGAGGGUUUCAACAGUUUACUCGAUAAGGUGGAGCGCAUGUCUGGAGAAAACUUAAGCGACCUUCCUAAAGUUGACAUCAUGUCAAACUUCCUCUUCAUCUUUACUUCAGGCACCACAGGUCUCUCUAAGGCAGCCCGUGUAGGUCAUCUUAAAGCCAUUAUGAGUAUGGCUUUCUUUCAGAUGUGUGGAGCCACAUCUGAUGACAUCAUCUACAUCACUCUUCCUCUUUACCACAUGUCUGCUUCACUGUUAGGGAUCGGUGGAUGCAUACACCUUGGUGCAACAUGUGUCUUAAAAAAGAAGUUUUCUGCCAGUCAGUUUUGGAAGGACUGUGUGAAAUACAAUGUGACUGUGGUGCAGUACAUAGGAGAGCUCUGUCGAUACCUGGUAAACCAACCCAUGGUUCCAGAGGAGAGAGCUCACAGUGUUCGGCUAGCAGCAGGAAGUGGUCUCAGGUCAGAUGUGUGGAAGGAGUUUGUCAAACGCUUUGGGAGGAUCAAGAUCAGGGAGGGUUACGGCUUGACCGAAGCCAGCAUCGGCUUCCUCAACUACACAGAUGAAGUGGGACCAAUUGGGAGGGCGAGCUACUUCAACAAGCUUUCUAUGUCAUUUGAGCUCUUGAGAUAUGACACACAAACAUACGAGCCGGUACGAACAGACUGCGGAAGAUGUUUACGAGCACAAAUAGGAGAGCCAGGUAUCCUGGUAGCACCUCUGACAGCUAUGAACCAGUUCCUGGGCUAUGCUGGGAACAAAGUCCAGUCUGAGAAGAAGCUGGUAAGGGAUGUGUUCAAGGUUGGCGACGUCUACUUCAACACUGGAGACCUCCUGCUUCAUGACCACAGGGACUUUCUGUACUUCCGGGACCGCAUCGGAGACACCUUCAGAUGGAAAGGAGAGAAUGUUUCCACUACAGAGGUCUCAGAGGUUUUAGGUCAUCUUGAUUUUAUCCAGGAGGUCAAUGUCUAUGGUGUCACCGUGCCAGGAUAUGAAGGUCGAGUAGGCAUGGCUGCUAUCGUCUUCAAACAGGAUCACAAAUUAAAUGGCCCAAAACUCUACAGCCAUUUAGUAAAAACACUCCCUGCGUAUGCCUGGCCAUGGUUUCUCAGAAUACAGACCUCUCUGGAUGUGACAGAGACCUUCAAGCAGCAGAAGGUGAAGCUGGUCCAUCAGGGAUUUAACCCAGAGAUCACCCAGGAUCCUCUCUAUUUCCUAGAUAUCUCUCAGAAGGACUAUAUUCUCCUGACAGUAUCUGUUUAUCAAGACAUUGUGUCUGGAAAAAUCAAACUAUAAACACUUUAGGACAACUGGACAGUUAAUGCAGUAAUGAGUACUGAGAGGCAACAGUGGAUCUUAAGAUAAGCUAAAGAUCCAUCUAAAUCCAUACAAAGGCUACAUUUCCAGUCAUUUGGAUUUAAAACCGUGAUGGUGGAUGGAUAGAUAGAUGAAGAGACCUCUUUAAAAUAAAGUUUUAUCUACCUACCUUUACAUAUGUCAAUGAGUUGUGACCAGUUCAACCAAAGACUGGUUCUUUAUUCUCAGUUUGAUUUAUUUGAAUUAUUAUUGUUAUUAUUAAUUGAAUUAUGUUGGCCCGAGGACGUGAAAUUGUCCAAUAAUUCGCAAGAAGUUAAACUGUUUUUUUUUCCUGCUUUCCUAUCCUGUUAAACAUUCCAAACACCCUCAGAUUUAUCUCGUGUGUAGACAGUUCAACCAUGACAAAUCAUGGCAUUAAGCCUCAGCUGGUCGAAAACUAGUAACUCCGUUC